ACCCCCCAGAACCUCCUGGGACCCCCCGAGCGGGAUUGAUGGGCCCAGAACCCCCGGGGGAGACAGGAGAGUAUCCUCCGGGACGUCCUGGGACCCCUGGGAGGGACGGUGGGAGGGGUGAGUCCCGGGACCCCCUGAGACCCCCCCAGCACCUUCUGGGACCCCCGAGGUCCCCCCGGGCCUCCAGAGAGCCGCCCCCUCCUCUCCUCUCCCCUCAGGCCGGGGGUCCUGACCCGGAGGAGGCAGCGGUGGGGCUGGGAAUGACUUGGGAAUGACCUGGGAUCGACUGGGAUGAGCCACGGUGUUGGGGAAGCUCUGGUGCUUCCCUGUAUCCUGAGAGAAUUUGUGUCUCCACAGGUGGCCCCAGCCCGGAGCAGGAUGGCAGAUUCCGUGGAGGACGUGCUCGCGGAUCUCCUGGGAUUCGAUGAGGAUCCUCCCGUUCCCCCUUCCCGUGGAUCCCGACUCACCUGCGCCCAGGUGAGCUCCAGGGGGGCCCUGGAGGAGGAUCCCGUCGGGAAAUUCCCUGAAGAUGAUGUGGGAGAGACACAGGACCUGGAUGACCUGGAUGCAGAAAUCCUGGGAAUCUCCAGAUCCAGGCCCAGGCUGGCGGGAGCUGGGACAGGGGCAGGGAAAAGCCUUGGGAAGCAGCUGGAUCCCGAGGAAGGUGCCCCCGGUGUCCCCCCCAGGGGUGGCCUCGGUGACCUCGUGGAUUCCCCGGGAGGAGCCGGGAAAGCCCCGGGAAUGUCGGACAGCCCGCGGCUCCGCACGGGAAGAGGCUCCGGGGGCAAAAUCCUGGAGCAGCCGGAAAAGGGGGAAUCCGGGACCGAAAAGGGGGAAUCCAGGACGGAUCCUGAGGAGCCGGAGCAGCCAGGGCCGUGGGAAGAGCUGGAUUUUCCCGUGGGAUCCUACGAGCCCUCCGUGGCCUCCGAGGGGCAGCCGGGCCGGAGGAGGGGGCGCAGGAUUCCCAGCGGGAUCGGCCUCUUCCCGAGGGCCCCGAGGGGCAGCGGGGGCGGGGCCGCCUGGCUGGGCCUGAAGGAUGAGGAAUUCCCAGGAUCCGGAGCCAGGGACGAGGAAUUCCCGGGAUUGGGACCCAAGGACAAGGAUAUCCCAGGACUGGGAUCCAAGGAGAAGGAUAUCCCAGGACUGGGAUCCAGGAAUGAGGAUUUCCUGGGACUGGGACCCAAGGAUGAGAAUUUUCCAAGAUUGGGACCCAAGGACAAGGAAUUCCUGGGAUUGGAGCCCAAGGACAAGGAAUUCCCGGGACUGGGAUCGAAGGACAAGAAUUUCCCAAGAUCCGAACCCAAGGACAAGGAUUUCCCAGGACUUGGAUCCAAGGACAAGGAUCUCUCAGGAUUGGUAUCCAGGAAUGAGGAUUUACCAGGAUUGGGACUCAAGGACAAGGAAUUCCCAGGACUGGGAUCGAAGGACAAGAAUUUCCCAAGAUUGGGACCCAAGGACGAGGAUAUCCUGGGAUUGGGAUCCAAGAAUGAGGAUUUCCCAGGACUGGGACCCAAGGAUGAGAAUUUCCCAAGGUUGGGACCCAAGGACAAGGAAUUCCUGGGAUCGGGAUCCAAGGACAAGGAUUUCCCGGGACUGGCAUCGAAGGACAAGAAGCUCCCAAGAUCAGAACCCAAGGAUGAGGAUUUCCCGGGAUUGGGAUCCAGGGAUGAGGAUUUCCUGGGAUUGGAGCCGCCGGCAGGAGCCGAUCCCGGCCCGGCCCAGGAGCAGAACUGGCUGAGCUCGGCCUUGGCCCGGAAAAGAGCCCGGGAGAGACAUUCCCAACCCUCCGGGAGCCCGGGAAGAGAGCCAGAGGGAGUGGAGGGGCUGGAUCAGCAUUCCCGGGAGAGCAGGAGAUGCCCUUCCCAGGACACCAUUCUCCAAUCCCAACCAUUCCAGAAGGAUCCAGGGGCUCUCCCAUCCCAACCAUUCCAGAGGGAUCCAGGAGCAUUCCCAUCUCAACCAUUCCAGAGGGAUCCAGGAGCAUUCCCAUCUCAACCAUUCCAGGUGAAUCCAGGAGCAUUCCCAUCGCAACCAUUCCAGAGGGAUCCAGGAGCUCUCCCAUCCCAACCAUUCCAGAGGGAUCCAGGAGCUCUCCCAUCGCAAUCAUUCCAGAGGGAUCCAGGAGCUCUCCCAUCGCAACCAUUCCAGAGGGAUCCAGGAGCUCUCCCAUCGCAACCAUUCCAGAGGGAUCCAGGAGCUCUCCCAUCCCAACCAUUCCAGGUGAAUCCAGGAGCAUUCCCAUCCCAACCGUUCCAGAGGGAUCCAGGAGCAUUCCCAUCUCAACCAUUCCAGGUGAAUCCAGGAGCAUUCCCAUCGCAACCAUUCCAGAGGGAUCCAGGAGCUCUCCCAUCGCAACCAUUCCAGAGGGAUCCAGGAGCUCUCCCAUCGCAACCAUUCCAGAGGGAUCCAGGAGCUCUCCCAUCCCAACCAUUCCAGGUGAAUCCAGGAGCAUUCCCAUCCCAACCGUUCCAGAGGGAUCCAGGAGCAUUCCCAUCUCAACCAUUCCAGGUGAAUCCAGGAGCAUUCCCAUCGCAACCAUUCCAGAGGGAUCCAGGAGCUCUCCCAGCCCCACCACUCCAGGAUCCAGGAGCUUUCCCAUCCCAGCCAUUCCAGAGGGAUCCAGGAGCAUUCCCAUCCUGGCCAUUCCCAGCUCCAGGAGCAUUCCCGGCAUUCCCGGCCAAUCCCGGCUCCGGCUCCAUCCUGGGCACUCUCUCGACGCGGGUGGCGGAGCUCGAGCUCCAGGUCCGGGCGCUGGAGCUGGAGCGGAGCCUCUUCCUGGAGAGUCUCCAGAGGCGGCACCGGGACCUGGAUCUGCUGGAGAGCCCACACAGGUACCGGGAUGUGCUGGGAUCCCACAGGAGCCGAGGGAAGGUGGGGGAGGAGCAGCAGGAGAGGCCACGGGUUCUGACACGGAGCCAGGACAGGAGCCCCCCCCCGUGCCAGGAUCACCCCCCAUCCCGGGAUCUGCCCCUCUCCAAGGAUCACCCCACGGCCCAGGAUCACUGCCAGGAUCCCUCCACGGCCCAGGAUCAUCCCAGAUCCCAGGAUCACCCCCCUUCCCAGGAGCGGGAUGAGCAGCUCACAGCGCUCCAGGCCCGGCUGUGCCGGCAGCAGCAGGAGCAGAGCCAGCUCCAGGAGGCCUUGGCUGCCCUGGAAUCCCGGCUGGGAGAGCAGGAGCAGCUCCUGGAACAGGAGCGCCGCAGGGCCGAGGCCGAGCAUUCCAAGGCGGAAUCCCUGCGGAAGGCGCUGGAGGAGCAGCGGCAGCUCUCGGCUCAGCUGCUCUCCAUGGAAAGGGCGGCGCUGGACGAGGCCAAGGGCGCGUGGCUGGAGGAGCAGCGGGCGCUGCUCCGGGAAUGCUCCGAGGAGCGCAGGAGGCUGGAAAAGGCCUGGGCGGAAUUCCGGAGCCGGGAGAGGCUGAGCCAGGAGCGCUCGGAGCACCUGGAGUCGGCCCUGAGGAACCUGGACAAGGAGCAGGCAGCACUGCGGUUCCGGGCUCGGGAGCUGCGUUCCCAGGAGGAGCAGCUGGAGCGGGAGCGGGAGGCGCUGGAGGAUUCCCGGCGGGAGCUGCGGCUGGACAGGGAGAAGGUUCUCCGGGACACGGAGCGGCUCCGGCAGCGGGAGCAGGAGGUCCAGGCCCUGGCCGAGCUCUCGGAGCGGCAGUCCCGGGAUGGGGAGCGGGCUCUUCGGGAAGCCCGGAAUGUGGAGGCGGAGCAGCGGGAGCGGCUCCGGGCAGGGCGGGAGCAGCUGGAGCAGCUCCGGGAGCAGGAGCAGCGUUUGGAGCAGGACCGGCUGAGCCUGGCGCAGCAGCGGCGGCAGCUCCAGCGGCUCCGGCAGGAAUUGUCCCCGCAGGAAUUGUCAGUGCCCGGCGCCGGGACCCUGCUGGGCACAGCCCGGGAGCGGCCGAUCCCGAGGGAUGUGAUCCCGGGGGACCGGCUCCACAUCCCCCUGGCUCCAGCGGCCCCGGGCACUCCCGGAUUGCUCCCGGGAUUCCUGCCUCCCCUGGGGAUGAUCCUGGGGGGCACCAGGGACACCCUGUCGGGAUCGGCCGCGCUCCAGGGGCACCUCCUGCUGCUGAAACACCGGGCACGGAUGGACCACGAUUUCCUGGAGAGCGAGAGCUUCUUCCUGGAGAACUUGAGGAAAGGGCUCUGAAACCUCCCCCCCGGACCAGCCUGGAGCUUCGGGGGAGCUGCAGCUGGAAUGGGAGCUGGAAUGGGAGCUGGAGUUGGAAUGGGAGCGGGAGCUGGAAUGGGA